AUGUAUUACGCCGACCUCUCCGCUUUCCCGGAGUUGAGCCUGUACCUCCCGGCCCGCGGCAGCGACGACGAGAAGUGCACAGCUUCGGACUUUGUCAGCCCAGCAGCAUCCAGUGGCCGCACGACCACGGAGGAGUACCAGCGCACCGUUGGCGCGUUCUUUGCCAUCUAUUGGCUGCUGAGGCUCGAUGGGGAUGGCCGUGACGGCUUCUCCUUCGGCGUGGACGAGGAGUGGGUCCCCAUCAGCGCCCAGAGCAGAAGCUCUUCGCGGGUGCCCUUCGCGGAGAAGCGCGCCAAGUUCGACGAGGAGGCCAAGUGGGAGUUCCUCAGGGGUCUGCUGGUCAACGCGGGCGUCCUCCAGGAAAAGAAGAAGCUGUUCGGCAGAGGGACGUACUUCGUAGUCAACGAGAAGCGUCUCACAUCUCUGCUGGCCCUGACGGCGAUCCACGACAUCAUGAAGAUGGACCAGUAUUGCCCAGUUGUUGAAGCGGACCAUGCGCCUUACCACGGCUAUUCCGCUGGUGACACGAUCGGCGACCAUGACCACGCUCUGAGCUACAUCAUGGACUUUUUCCCGAACUUGUUGCCGUCGUUCAGGGACUUGAGUCCCGAGGAGAGGAGGUCCGUUCAGUUCACGCAGUGUAGUCUCUGCUUCAAUCACGGCUGGCUCGUUCAGGCCGAAGCACCCCCAGGAGCGAUAUUCACGCGCAUGCGGGAGACUCUGAUCCGGGACCACAAGCUCAUGAUCGGGCAGCGAGACAUCGCGCUCUAUUUUGUGCAUUGGUUCACAGAUCUCGCUGGAGCGGAGCCCACACCGCUGGCCGGUUGCGAGAAGUUCUCCCACAAGUUCCCCGUGAGCGUGUUGAACAGCUUCAUCAAAUCCUUCAGCUUCGUCGGGAGGAUCGCGGCCGAAACGGAGACCGCGGUGCUGGAGAGGUACCUGAAGAUGCGGUGGGAGGAGGACGGGCACGGCACUCUCCCCGAAGGACCCGACGCCGUCGCGAGGAUGCGGCUGGCGUGCAUGGCCCAGGCGAACGCCGCUCGUGUCCUCGAGGCUUUCGCCGGCCUGCCGGAUGAGGAGCGGGAGCUGCUCAGCCUGGAGAUGGGGCGCACCGCCUGCAUGAGCCAGAGCUACUCCAAGGGCCUGGUGCUGGACGAGUCGCGCGACCUCCCCGGGGGUCCGGCCUUCCUCGUCUACUACGGCCCCGCCUUCCUGCAGAGCCUGGGGCAGAGCGACGACACCUUGACGAGGCUCCGGAUCCUCGCCGACAUCUACCGCUGUGCGCGGGAGCUCUGGCCCGAGACGGUGUCCGCUGUGGCCAAGACCGUGUCCAUCCGCAUCGAUAUUAUUCAGGGCUGA